AUGCCGCCUCCUUCACGGCUGUGCGCGCUGCACGGCUCCAACCAUCUGGUGGUGCAGGAGUUGAUGCUGCAUGCCGCACUGGGGCGCCGUGACUUCCCGUCGCGUGAGCGGCAGGAUUACGUAACAUUGGCACAACACAUCGCACAACUUCCGGGCGCGUGUGCGGAGUUCUUCGCCCGGCAUCACCCACAACGAGGUGUUUCUGCAAAAUCGCCAUGGCACAACGCGGCGGCUCGCCAGGUUGUGUUUGAGCGUCUUGUCGAGCAGAGAGGCGGCGACCACUCCUUCUGCGCCGGCCAAAAAAUACCCGUCUGCUACGACGACGCGGUGGAGCACCAGCUCGCCGUGGAGCGGCUGCUGGGGCCGCACGGCUUCCGUGUGGCACUGAUUGGGGCGAUGCGGCGCGGCUGCCCUGUCGGCAGACGGGCAACGUUUCUGCUCACACAUGACGCCCAGGGCGGCUGUGGCGAGCUCCUGCCCAGCCGCGGCGACCCCGACGCGAGCGAGGCGAUUUUGUUUGAGCGUGCCAUGAGGGGCCUGGCGACCAGCGGCUACGUCCGGGGCGUCGCCGGGAGAAAUACGUGGGCGUGCGGAGGGGCUUCCCGGCGCUGCGUGUGCCUUGCGCGUGUGCCACGGGAGUACGGGCCGCAGCUCCCGCCCCGCGCCGGGCAGGAGGAGGAGGAGCAGGAGUUAGCGUUCAUGUGGGCGCCCUCGCGCAGCUUUCACGCGCGGCGCCUCUUUCUCACCGGCCCCAAACCGUUCCUGACGCAUCUCAUGCUCGUGGCGGACGCGCGAGAGUGCGAGCUGACGCAGGACGGGCUGUAUCGGCGCUCGCCUGGCGCACGCACGCGGCUUGAGCUGCGCGGAGAGAAGGACAUCUUCACCGCGCUGCAGCUGCCAUACGUGGAUCCGCUUCACCGCUACGCCUACUGCCGUCUUCACAAGUUGCUGUAA